AUGUCAAAAUUACCCUCAGGCUCACUGGUUGAUACAGUGAAAAGCUCCGUUCUGAAUCCGGCAAACUGCACCAACGAGACUGUUUCUCUCUUGCGAAAGCUUCUCGCGGCCGCCGAUGACGAACUUAAGCCUACACCGCGCAAAUAUACGAAAGCUGUCAAAGCUACCUCCAAUCGUCGGCCAACAAGGGCUGGAACCUCUCGAGCUACUGAAAAAGUAACAGUUUUCCAAGGUCGAGCCGAACCUCCGGUCCCGUCGCUUUCGAGACAAGAACAAAUCGCCCUCGCGACUGAGGUAUUCAAUAUUUCGUCAAAGACGCUUUCAGAGCACAUCAAGCUCCAACCCCCUCGACCGUUAAUUAGAGAGCAGACAAAAAAUGCAGCUACGAAAGCUCCGUUGUCCCCUAAAAAGCCGCUACAGCCUACUUCUCCAAACAAAACCACUCGACCAACAGCCGAAAUCAAAAAAGCAUCCCAACGAUUAGAUAAACGGAAUACUGUGGCCAGCGGUAUCUCUACAAUUGCAGAGUCCGCCGUAUUGGCUUUGUCAAGCCUUCGGCAUUUAAAGCAAAGCGAGAGUCAAAAGCGAGAACUAAACCUCCAAUUGGAACAAGGGCUUUGUAUUUUGGUCGGGAAACUAUUCGCUGCUGGCCUUAAGGAUAUGGCGAUUGGUGAAUUGCGGAUAUUGAAAAGCAGAAUUAAUUCAUACUUUGGCGAAGAAAGCUCGAGGAGAACAAGUACUAAUGGAAAUGGGCCCGAGAAACUGGAGGAUCUUGUCCUGAUCCCUCAAAUUCCGGAAGAUGGAAUGGUGCUACAACUGUUGAUUUCUUUUCAAAAUUUAGUAAUAAGGGCCAUUAUCGCUGAGGGUCAGGCACUUACCAUACAGAAAACCUUGGAUUACCUUAUCCUAUCCCAGCCUUGCAGUCCCCCUAAUUUGAUUCUUGCCGCGCAUAAAGCUGGUACGAUUACGGCAGAUAAGGCCGCACAGCAACUACAAGCCCUGUCCAGUACAGUUCUGUCUCUCGCAGCUUUAACAACGCCACCUGCUGAAGGAAACACCUCCGCCACGAAAACUCGGGUCAGGCCCGCCGUGACCGUUGGCCUUCAGAUUCUUUCUAUGGAAAUCAGAUGCUUGUGGUGGAAGAUUGCUGGACACAAAUACGACAGUGAUAAGGAGCUAUGGAGCCCUCUUGCUAGAUACUUCACCGGAUUAGCGCGACGUUGUCCAAACAUCAAAAAAGCUGAUUUUGAAAAUAUCAAGCAAGCGUUUCUACGGCUUAAAUCGAGCUUGAAGUUGAACGGCCACGAAGUCAGGGUUCAAAAUCUUAAAUCAGUCUCACUAUCCAUAGUCCUGCGAAUUCUUGGGCAGUUGGCAUAUACGGCCGGUUGCCCUUCCGAGGCAAUUGAGUUCUGCAAGGCCGCGGCUGCUUGUCUUACCGCAUCACAGCCAAUGCAAUUGGCCAUAUGCUGUUGCAAAAUCGCCUUCUUUCAGAUUGAAAUUUCAAAGGGCUCUUUUUCGGGCAAUAUACAGACGAUACAAGCGGCCAUAGCUGAAGCAGCGAAGAAUUUGAGCGCCCCAUUAAAAGGGAAUUUGGUUGACCUGGACGAAUUAUUCAUGGAAGCUGCGAAACUUAAGAAGCUGAUUAUGAAGAUGACUGGCAUGGUGGUUGAGAGCGUAUCAUCCGAUAUCGACGGUUUAUGGCUUAGUGUCGUCGAGUAUAUGGUGAGCUUCGCUCGCUUUCUUAACCGCUAUUUGGGCCCGCUCCCUCUCGAUGCGGAUGCCGAUUCUAGGAAUCUUUUUAUGCAGCGACUCGAUGCUUGCAGGAACAUUGCUAUUGCGGCCAUCGACUCCAGUGUAGCAUUGGGCAAGAUAUCCUUGGGUACAGAACGCCCUUCUUGGCGAAGCCUAGAGCCGCUCCUGACCGAUUGUUUUGCUCUCCUUAACCGUCUCAAUGAUCCUUGUAUCGGUGACGAGCAGACUUCCAAGAGUGCAUCGUCUAGCCUUCUAAGAUUAUCGAACCUUUAUUGGUCCCGGUAUGCAACACAAAAAGAAGCAGGAAAAUCACCUUUUGAACUUGUUCCCCUCCUUGAGCGGUCAAUAAAUGCUUUGAGUCAUUGCGCGCCGGCAGAGCAGGCUUCUGGCUUCAUCCCGAUCAAGUUGGAACGACUCGCGACCAUUUAUUCUGAGGUAGGGCAUGAAGGAAAAGCGGAGCUUAAUUAUUCUUCUUCAAUUCGCGCGCAUAUCAAAGCUGGAGCUUUGACAUUUGUUAGCGGCCACUCCGCUCAGAAACCCAAUCGUGAUAUCUGGAAAGCUCCCGAAAGCCCAGCAUUUGCGUUGGGCCGUGUGCUCAGUAGCUACAUCAAAGCGAGGCUGAAACAUGUCCAUAGAACUGUUGAGUUUGUAUACGAUGAUGAAACACUUGAUGCUGAAUGCAGAGCCGCAUUGCUUGAACACCAAACAACGAUCCUAGCCGAAAUAUUUGCUGUUAACCCAUCGGAUACAUUAUCCCAAGGCCUCGUUUCUGUGAUAUCCCAACUGCUAUCAAUAUGCCCGUUAGAUGGGUUGCCCUAUCAACGGUCCAGAGUUGUUCUGUUCACUCUGAGGCUGAUUUUGGAAUCUACCAUAGAUCCCCAUAUUGGUUUUUGCCAACUGCUUGCAAAGGAAGCGCAAGAAUGUCUAUCUAAACUCCCAAGACUAGCCGCAGGUCAAACUUCGUACCCAUAUCUAGAAGAUCUCACGACUUCGCUUCGACUAACUCUUGGGUUUUACCGUGAAAAUUUAACUAUAGAUGACAUGCAAACAGUCGUUCAAUCCUGGACCAAAAUGUCGCAAACCUGGACAACAUGGGAAUCGGUAGAAGCAAGAAUUUUUGACACCCAAAUUUGGAUUUCCCAGCUCCGAAGUCUUGUCGACUACUUGGAAGUUAAGGGACAUUGGACGCUACAAAUAACCGUACUCUCGAUUUUCGAAAAUGUUCUGGAACUUCAGGAAAAGCGAAAUCACUCCCUGCUUGUGACCUCGUUGUCUAUGAUCGGCCUCCAAUUCAGCCGCCUCGGACUCGCUGAGAAAGCUGAUGACGCUCUGACCAAGGCGAAAGCACUGAUCAAACACCAAGCUAUAUGUCCAUCAGUUGUGGUAUUCUGGCAUGUUGUCUACGCGGAAUAUCUCAUUGAGACGGGUGACUCGGAGAAUAGUUUGGAGAUUCUCCAGGGCGCUCGAGAGAUAUUCGAUACUAGCUUUGCUAACAUCGCCAAAAACUCCAUGCGGAUACGCAAUUUUCUUGACAGGAUAGGUAUUGACGCGGCAUACCUUCUAUCGCGGAUAACAUUUGCCGAAGGAAAGAUGGACCAAGCUAUCUUUUACGCUAAGAAUGCUGUGAAACUAAGCAUUAGGCUUUGGGGGAGACUGGAGAAAUAUGCGGGUUUGAACAAAAAGGGUGAUAGUGUUAAGGAAGGGGUUGAUACGAUUGCCGAUAAACUCUCUACUUUGAAUCUAUCAACUGGCAGCGUGAAACUGGUCAAAGGUUACCGCACAGGAGCUAUAUACUGGCCUUACUUUUCGUCCCACUGUACUGCCCUGCGACAAUUAUCCCGGAUCUCGGCUUACAAUGGUUUGUACCAGGAAGCCGUUUACUACGGACAACUAGCUCUAGAUGCAGCCAAAGCUCUCGGAGCAAGUUUCAUAGCCGCCUUUAUCAAAGCAGAGCUGGGUAGCUACAAUAUCCGUUGCAACGAACUUGAGAAGGGGCAACAAUUACUGGAAGAAGCAAACUCCGAUUCUGCUACAGCUGACCGAAGUAUUCACAAGAUCGCGGUUACUUACCACCUGUCAGCGCUUCACAAAUACACCGGCGAGCUUGAAGAGGAAUAUCAAAUGCUUGAUGAGUGCAAUAAAGCGUUAAUGGAGUGUUUUCAGCACGAAAAUAACCCAUUAGCGUGUCAACUUGAUGGGCGGGUUGCCGAAGUUCAGAACAACCUCGAGAAGCUAACAAUUGAGACGAAGAUGGUUUCUAUGCCGCAGAGUAAAGCUAAACGCAACAAUCAGCCCAGGAAACCGAACAAACGACCGGAAAAAACCCUUGCUACGAAAACUACUAGAGGACAAGAAAUUCUCAGACCGUCCUUGGUCUCACAAUUUCGUUGCGAAGUACUUCAUCGACAAGUAGCUGCCAUGAUAUCCAGCCAGCGAUUCCAAGAUGCCUCGGAUCUUUUAAACGAAAUUGAGAAGCUUCCGAUUUCCAAGAAUGGCCUGGUGGCCCAGUGCUUACACAGAGCCAGCCUGCACUUGAAUGAGGCCGUCCACAAGCUUCUUAGCCACGCGGUUUAUUGUGUGCUUCCCGAAUCUUGCAUCGCCCUCCUCUCAAUUCAGACCACGGGUUCAAUGAGCAAUCAGCCGCCACUUACAUCAACUGCGCAUGUUUCCAAAACCCCAAAGACUCCUAAACAGUCGGCGUUGGGAUCCAAGAAGCCUAGUCGACUUGUUAGGGAAGAUUUUACCGACAUUCUAUCAACAGCCAACCAGUCCCUUCAUUCCACUUUCCCAUUGGCAGUGACACAUGAUUCAACUAUGAACGUUCACCUUCUUUCUUAUUUAACAAGCAGGGUAUCAGCUCUUUCAUAUGCAACCUCGAAAGGCGGCAUAGCUGUCGACCCGAGUUGUACCGUGCAAUAUAAGGAGGCUGGGCAAAAUUCCGCUUUUCUUCGGGAGCAUUGUUUUAUCAGCGCAGAUAAACAGUUGAGCGCAACUCCGAAGUUGUCAACAUGGCCUUUGACUCCAGAUACAAGCUCGAAUUCAGACUCCUUACAAUUUUCUACAUUUACAGAAGAGUAUAUCGACAUCCUGCCUGACAAAUGGAAUGUUAUUUCGAUCAGUCUGGGAGUUGAACGCAAUGAAUUUCUAAUAUCGAAACUUCGUGCACACGAGGCACCAUUUAUGCUAUGCCUUCCUCUCCGGCGGAGCGAUUCAGAAGAUGAUGAUGAAACGGGGUUUUCUUUCGAAGACGGGAAACAGGAGCUACAAGAAAUUAUAAGAUUGGCCAAUAAAAGCGCCCAUGAUACCCGUGCUCGCGUGGAUAGAAAGGCCAAAAAGGAAUGGUGGGCUAACCGAGAAGUUCUGGAUACGCGCUUGAAGGAUCUACUCCAUAAUAUGGAAAAUAUAUGGUUUGGGGGUUUCCGAGGAAUCUUCUCGCAAAAGCCGAAAAACGAAGUUUUGCUGUCACGAUUUGUUGAAUCAUUUGAAAAGACCCUCGAUAAACAUUUACCGUCGAGGCGUACCACAAGGGGGAAAGCCAAACACCCAAGAUUUACGCUUGAUCAAAACAUUAUGGAGCUCUUUGUUAACAUAGGAAAGUUAUCGGAUGAAGAUGAUCCGGAGGAGUCCGUCAUGGAUCUUUUGUACUUCGUUGUCGACGCUUUGCAAUUCCAGGGUGAAAGGAACGCCGAGAAACGGGAGCAUUGGCUGGGCUUCAAGUUAAUAGACAAAAUGGAGCGUAUAUCCUCAAUCCCAGCGGCGACCUCAAAUCGACGCAAAAUAUCUUUCAGGCUCCCCUCUCUGGAUUGGAUGGUUGGACGAGCAUUAUCCAGAAGGAUCCAAGCGAGGAAGAGUUCAAACAAGCGUUAG